AUGACACUUUUCAUUGAAACAACUACACAAACAAAUAGGCUAAGUGAACAGAACAACAUACCGAUCAGUUUCGUUGAGUCGAUUAAACAACUGAAUAAACUAGAACCAAGUUUUAUGUACAUACAAAUCAUGAAGGAGAUAUUGUUGGGUAUCAACUUCGGCGAACAAGACCUGAAGGAAUAUGGCAAGUACUGCUGUGAUACAUUUGCAGACAACCCACGGAAGGUAAACGAUGUUCCACAAUUUGAACGUGAUUAUUCUUUAAAAUCACCGAUAUGGUGGUACACCUGCGAGAAUUUUGUUUAUCCUAUGCUCAAUCGGGCCUUGCGAGUUAUGGAUGGAAAUAUCAUCACGCGAAAGGGAUUUUUCAUUUCAGAUCUUCAUCGAAGUAUUGAACUGCUACAUAAACAACAGUAUCCUAACACUUUAUCCCAUGGGACGUUUACAGUUUAUCGCGGUCAAGGAUUGUCUCAGGCUGAUUUCGGUCAUUUGGUCAAAGUCAAGCAUGGAUUAAUCGCGUUCCACAGUUUUCUAUCUACUACCCAACGGUACGAACACGCGUAUAUCCGAGCUGAGAGCAAUGCAGAGAAUCCCGGCCAUGUCGGCGUUGUCUUCAUUAUGAAAAUAGAUCCAACUCAGGCAACAACACCAUUUGCUUCUAUGCGAAUCUUCAGCCGUUUUCCAGAGGAGGAUGAAAUCCUUUUUUCAACGCACACCAUAUUCCGGAUAGAAAACAUACCGCUUGCCGCUGAGACUAAUGGUGUAUUUCAUGUGUCGCUAUCACUUACGACUGAUAAUGAUCCCGACUUAUAUAAAUUUACACAGCACAUCAGACAGUCCGACUAUUCUUAUAGCCAUAGCAGGUACCAAUUAGCUGAUGUGCUCAUAGAUAUUGGCCAACAGGGUCGCGCAGAACAUAUUAACCAGUCUUUACUUGGAGAUGCGAGUAAUGCUAGCGAAACUGUCCACAUUCUCAAUCAACUUGGUGUCAUAAAAACAUAUAAAGACAACUAUUCCACUGCACUUGAAUACCACGAGAAGGCAGUGGCUCCGUAG